UUCAGCUCUGUGGGGUUUGAUAUAGUGAGGAGCACUCACAUCUCUAGCUACAACAUUUAGCUCUCUAUUGUAUUUUCAGAUUUCACAGCUUCGUUGUUAACUCUCAGUCUGCUUUUGAAAAGAGGCCACAGCACGGACUUUUCUUUUUUAUCCUGCUUUUGUUUACUAAGAAGUUAUCCCGGGUUAAAUUAGCGAGGUUAGUGAAAUAGGUCAGAACAAACACGACCCCUUGUUGACAGCUGGGUCCGCUUGUUUACUUUAAUCGGAGCCUCCUUCUGCAGGUCUGAAGACUUUAACGAUGGUUUUACUGAAAAGCCUCAAUCCUCCCACCGAGGGAGUGCGACAUGAGCAAGCCGAGACCACGGCGGUGAUGGGCGGCCAGAGGCUCGGAUGUGGCACGCUGUACGUCGCAGAAACGCGCCUGUCGUGGUUCGACGGUGCAGGGUUGGGUUUCUGUUUGGAGUAUCCGACCAUCGGCCUGCACGCCAUCUCCAGAGACGUCAGCGCAUAUCCACAGGAACACCUUUACGUCAUGGUCAACGGCAAAGUAGGAGAUGAGAAUGAGGCAGAAAUGGCCGAGAAAGCCGCCGAUGAAGAUGAAGACGACAACAGCUGCAGCAGCAGCAGCAGCGGUGGCGACGACGAUGAAGAAGGAACGAUAACAGAGAUCAGAUUUGUGCCCAGCGACAAGGCAGCAUUGGAGCCGAUGUUCUCCGCCAUGUGUGAGUGCCAGGCACUGCACCCCGAUCCAGAAGACGACGACUCCGACAACGACUUUGAAGGGGAAGAGUACGACGUGGAGGAGGCCGAGCACGGCCACGGAGACAUCCCCACCUUCUACACCUGUGAUGAGGGUCUGUCGUCGCUCACACAGGAGGGCCAGGCCACGCUGGAGAGGCUGGAGGGGAUGUUAGCUCAGUCAGUGGCUCAGCAGUACAACAUGGCCGGGGUCCGGACUGCAGAAACCAACAAUGAAUUUGAAGAUGGUAUGGAGGUGGACGCGGCAGCCAUGGAGGCCGGUCAGUUCGAGGAUGCAGAUGUUGAGCACUGAUGGAAGUCGUCACAGCGUCCAGUCAAAGCAGCAGUGUUGCAUCAUGGGACUGAAGAAGAGGACAGCAGCACUUCUUUAAACCUCUCAGCUCUUACUUUAACUCUCUUUCUGUUCCUAAAAUUAAAACCCUUUCCGUGUACUUUAAGACAUCUCAGCAGGCUGUUUGUAGUUACCUGUGUUUUUUCUUUUGUCUUUGAUUGGUGCUCGCGUACUAAAUGAUGUCGAUGGUUUUUCUGCUCAGUCUCUUGUUGCCUCGCCGUGCCGUAUACAGCUCAGUAAGCUACAGUAAACUUUUGAGAUGCAGCCCGUUGAUUUGAUGCUAUUAAAGAAAACACAGAGUUUCUGUUUUGUACCUAACGACCAACUUAAUAUCUGCUUUUCCUGCUGAGAAGAGUUCAUGUCUUUGUAUGAAAUUGUCAAUAAAUGAAUAGUUUUUCUAUGA